UUGUGUUUCAUUUGUAGCUUCUAUCCACAUAAUCCUACUCUUCUGCUUUUUCACACACAUGGUUUUAGAAGUUAUCAACCGGUUUCUGAGGAAAUAGGAAAAGUAGAGCAACCUGUACCAAAGCUCGAUGUUGUAGAAGAAGUUAUUGCUUCGCAUCUGGAAGACACUAAAAAUGUGAAACCAGUUGAAACUGUGGAUCUCUCCACCUUGGCGCCUAAGAAGGUUGAUUGGGAUUUGAAGAGGGACAUCGAGAAAAAGUUGCAGAAGUUGGAACGAAGGACACAAAAAUGUAUUGCUGAGAUGAUCCGGCAACGGUUAGCUGAAGGCAAAGGUGAUCUGGCCAGUACAGUGAAUGCUGGCGUUUAA